AUGACCCUCUCCGGACUCAGAACGCUACAGGGCUCCGUUCCGAAGGUUGAGGGGGUUGGGAGGGGGGUGAAGUCCGACGACAGCGGAACGGAUGCCUGGAACCGCGUGGAGCAAAUCUCCAAACUUCCUUCAGGCUCCUUCCUGACUAUUGGUGUCUGGAGACGGCAGCGCAUCUCGGGCUCAACAGGAAGAGGGCCUUCAUACCUGCGACACUUCUGGAUGAGCGCGUAUUGCCGUUCCUCUUUUCAAGCCACGCAGCCAGGCAGAAGCCGGCGCUCCCGUGCCGAACCCCAGAGGCUAUCGAUCGGCGCUAGGGGGACGAUCGAUGUAGAGCGCAGCGAGACGCCUGUGACCGGCGGAGGCCUGCCGCGCGGCAGCGGGGGGCUGGGAGAGGUUGAGGCCCGCGGGCCACGCCCGUUUUCCCACGAAGCCACCAGGUCUGAUUCUGAUGAGCAGAUACACCGAACCGGAUCUAUCCGCCCCUGGAGUCUGCACUGUACUGUCUCCUGCUCCCUGCGCGUGAGUCACAACUCAUCUCAAAAGCUCUGUGAGAACCGCAAGGGAUCUUACCUCCUCCGCGAGAACGUGUUAUUGAACCCUUUUGGAGUGACCCGCUUGGAGAGUGGACUCCUCAGCCUCUCCGGUGCGGGCUGCCUGGAGUUCUGGUACCGCGCAUCCGGCUCCAAUGGCACGGAUCUCCGGGUUCUGAUAAGGAGUGACGGGGCGGAGACUGAGAUCUGGACUUCACAAGCGACCGCUGAUCGAUCCUGGCAGCAAGUCUUCAUUCCUCUGUCCUUCACUGAGAAUGGCAUUCAGGUGGUUUUUGAGGCAGACGUGGGACUACCUGAAGAUGGAGAAGUAACCAUUGACAAUGUGGGAGUUCGCAAAGGACCAUGUGGUGAACAGUGUGCCCAGGGUGAGUUCUGGGCUGAUGACUCAUGCACGACCCAGUGUGGAUGCUCACCAGGAGGGCAGCUGUCCUGCUCCCCAGCCUCCUGCCCGGAGGACCACACCUGCCUGAGGAGCGCUGGUGCCCCCGCCUGCCUCCCCAAUACCUCCGGCACCUGUAGCCUCACCAGUGCCAUCACCACCUUCGACGGGGCCAGCAACCACUUCGCAGGGUCCUGCAACUACAUCCUGGCCAAAGUGUGCACCGACUCAGCACCCGUUCCCUCCUUCCAGGUCGACGCCCGCAACGAGCAGCGGGGAGACUCCUCCACAUCCGUCCAGCAGGUCAACGUGCACCUCCAGGGCCUCUCGGUGUCCCUGCUGAAGAGGGAGGCGGGUAAAGUCAUGGUAAAUGGUAUUUGGAGGAGCCUUCCACUGAGUCUGAGCAACGGAGCAGUGAAGAUCAGCAGUGCCGGGGUAACCAUCAUCCUGGAGACGGACUUCGAGCUGACGGUUUCCUACGACGCUGCCAUCGGCGUGCAGGUGAAGGUCCCGGCCGCAUAUGCCGACCAGGUGUGUGGCCUGUGCGGGAACUUCAACCACCAGUCGGAGGACGACUACGGCAAGCCGGACGGCUCGCGGGCAGCAGACCCCGCCGAGCUGGCCCAGAGCUGGCAGAGCGACGGGGAAACCUGCGAGGCCAUCAUCACCCCACAACGCUGCCCUCUCAACCAGGAGGCCACGUACGAGAGCGAGUCCAACUGCGGGGUCAUCCUGUCGAAGGAGGGUGUCUUCGCCGGGUGCUCCUCGGUGGUCGCCGCCGAGGCCUUCUUCAGGAGCUGCGUGUUUGAGAUGUGCGCCACCAACGGGGACCCUCAGGCCCUGUGUCAAGUGCUGCAGACAUUCGCCGAGUCAUGCCAGGCUGCUGGGGUCUCCCUGCCGCCCUGGAGGAACUCCACGGUCUGCCCCCUCGUGUGCCAGGCUAACAGCCACUACAGCGGCUGCGCCAGUGGCUGCCCCGCCUCGUGUUCGGACCAGGACGCCCCCCAGAGCUGCGGGGCCUGUGAGGAGAGGUGCGAUUGCGACCCCGGCUUCCUGCUCAGCGGGGGCAAGUGCGUCCCGGCAGAAGACUGCGGCUGCUGGAUCAAUGGGCAGCAUGUGGAGAAAGGAGUGUCAGUGAUGGAGGGAGGCUGUGAAAAGCAGUGUCAGUGCAUGGGACAGGGCAGGGUCCAGUGCUCCCCUGUGUCCUGCGGCCAGGACGAGGUCUGCAGGGUCCGCGAUGGCCUGGUCGGCUGCUUCGCCUCCGAGGUCGCCACCUGCCACGUGUUCGGUGACCCCCACUACCUCACCUACGACGGAAAGCUCUACAACUUCCAGGGAGCUUGCAACUACACCCUGGCCAAGACGUGCGGAGACAGCCCCGUCCAGUUCACGGUGACCGGCAGGAACGAGAACCGGGGGAGCCAGGCCUGGUCGGCCCUGAAUUCCAUUGCUCUGGAAGUGCAGGGCCUUCACCUGGCCCUGAGGAAGGAAAAGGAGGUUUAUGUGAACGGAGCUUUGACGCAGCUCCCUGCGGAACCAAUGAGAGGAGUCAAGGUGUUCCUGAUGGGAUCGUACGUCCAGGUGGACACAGACUUUGGCCUGCAACUGAUGUUCGAUGGCGACCACAGGCUGUUUGUGCGGAUUGACGAGAGGUACUUUGCGCAGAUGUGCGGACUCUGCGGCACCUACUCCAACAACCAGUUUGAUGACUUCCUGCUGCCGGACGGUGUGAAUGUUAGUACCAGCGCGGACGUGUUUGGAAACAGCUGGAGAGUCAAGGAUGAAGAAUGGCUCUGUUCAGACACCAUCCCUGCACCAGCUGCAUGCGAACCCCAGUUGGAGACCGAGGGUUACCAGCAGUGCAGUGUGCUCUUCGGAGACAUAUUCAAGGUUUGCCACGAGUAUGUGACCGCACCGCUGUACGUGAACACCUGCAUGUACGACCACUGCGCCACGCAGGGCGACGCGCGCCAGCUCUGCACCUCCCUCGAGUCCUACGUCGCAGCCUGCGAGCUGGCCGGGGUGAACCUUGGUGACUGGAGGGAGAACACCAUCUGUGCCAAUUUCAAACCCUCCCCCACGGACAUUUCAAGUACAACUCCAUCUCGUGGAGUUUGUCCAUUGGACUGUAACUUUGACAGGAGCGAAUGUGGAUGGAAGCAGACCAUAACGGACAGUUUUGAUUGGCUGAGAAAGCAAGGAUCCACCCCGACUGAGCUAACUGGGCCUACCAGUGAUCACACCACAGGAAGUGGCUCCUACAUGUACACGGAGGGGGACGGUGUGUACCGCGGUGACUCCGCCCGCAUGAUCAGCCCUCUGUGUCAGGUGACCGGGCCUCACUGCCUGCAGUUCUGGUACCACAUGUAUGGCUCAGCCAACGCCAUGGCUCUCAAUGUGUACCUGCUGGAGGGUCAAAAGCCCACCAAGGUCUGGUCCAAGGUCGACAACCAGGGCAACGCAUGGAUGAAGGCGCAGGUGGAUAUAGCUGUCUCUGGACCCUUCCAGGUCAUCGUUGAGGGACUACGGGGCUCGGACCAGCGAUCGGAUGUGGCCUUCGAUGAUCUGUCCAUCCGUUAUGGAAUGUGCUCAGGUGGGUCUGUGGGUGGUGUGAUGAGUGGCCAGCGUUGUAGCGUCACAGAGGUGUACUCACAUCCAGAAUUUACUGCAGAUUUACCAACGGUGGGCCUGAUCAGCACGGUCAGUCCCAGCACGAGGCCAACUUUUCCAUCUGCAAGUGGAGGAGCAGGCAAGCCUCACCCAGUCUGCCACCUUGAUUGCAACUUUGAGAGAGACCUGUGUUCAUGGAACCAGCUGCUAACGGACAGUUUCGAUUGGACGAGACAAAGUGGCUCCACACCGACUUCAAUGACCGGACCGUCUUUCGACCACACGACUGGAGCUGGGCAUUAUCUGUACAUCGAGGCCGACGGCGUGUACAACGGAGACACCGCCCGGCUCCUCAGUGCCCAGUGCUCGGACUCUGGCCCGCAGUGCCUGCAGUUCUGGUACCACAUCCACGGGACGGCCGAUACCAUGGGCCUCACGACCUACCUGGUGGAGAGCAGGGGCACUCAGAGGCUGUGGUCUCGCAGGAACGACCGAGGGGAUGCCUGGCACCUGGUGCAGGUGGACAUAAACGCUUCCGGAACCUUCCAGGUCAUUUUUGAGGGACGGAGAGGGACUACCACACUCUCUGAUGUGGCGCUGGACGAUGUCUCUCUUCACCGAGGGACAUGCGCAGAUUUAGUUAUUGCCAAUACUCCUCAGCCACCAGUGCAACCCACAACAACCCAGCAACCAGCACAGACCACUACAACUCAAGCACCAGCACAGACCACUACAACUCAAGCACCAGCACAGACCACUACAACUCAAGCACCAGCACAGCCCACUACAACUCAAGCACCAGCACAGACCACUACAACUAAAGCACCAGCACAGGCCACUACAACUCAAGCACCAGCACAGACCACUACAACUCAAGCACCAGCGCAGACCACUACAACUCAAGCACCAGCACAGCCCACUACAACUCAAGCACCAGCACAGACCACUACAACUAAAGCACCAGCACAGACCACUACAACUAAAGCACCAGCACAGACCACUACAACUAAAGCACCAGCACAGACUACUACAACUAAAGCACCAGCACAGACUACUACAACUAAAGCACCAGCACAGACUACUACAACUAAAGCACCAGCACAGACCACUACAACUCAAGCACCAGCACAGACCACUACAACUCAAGCACCAGCACAGACCACUACAACUAAAGCACCAGCACAGACCACUACAACUAAAGCACCAGCACAGACCACAACUACUCAAGCACCAGCACAGACCACUACAACCCAGCCACCAGUACAGACCACUACAACUACCCAGCCACCAGUACAGACCACGACAACUACCCAGCCACCAGCAGAGACAUCACCAGUUCCCUCCUGUCCUGCGAACAGCCAUCACACGGACUGCAAGCCCAGGUGUGAGGCAACGUGCGAUGACCUGGAUGCCUCCCGCUGCUUCAUCGACCGCCCGUGCAAACCAGGCUGCGUGUGCGACGACGGCUUCGUGCUCAAAUGGGGCAAAUGUGUCCCCAUCGAGAACUGUGGCUGCCGUGACGACCAAGGCAGAAACCAUAACUUUGGACAAUACUGGACCGGCAGACACUGCACACAAAGGUGCACGUGUAAGAGAAAUAACGGAAAAGGGGAAAUAGCUUGCAAAGACUAUGAAUGUGGUGCCACUGAAGUCUGUCAACUGAACGAUGAUGGCGAGUUCAAGUGCAAGUAUUCAGGUUUCAGUGAGUGCACUAUCGCUGGUGAUCCGGAUUACCGAACAUUUGAUAAUAUGAAGCACGAAUUUGAGGGAAAGAGCUCGUACAUCCUGGUCAGAACAACAAACUUGCCACAGAAUCUUCCGGAUGUCUUUGUUGUGGGCAUUAAUACAAAGGAUGAGGAUGACGAUGAUAAUGACAGCCGCAUGGCCAGAGAUGACAGUGAUGAGGACAGCGAUGAAGACAGCGAUGAGGAUGACGACACUGGUCGACUGAGAUGCCUGAAGAUCAGAGUCUAUAACCACACCGUGGAGUUCAAGGCAGAUAGGGUGGUCCUGCUGGAUGGUGAGAGAGUUCGGGCCCCUUUCUCCCCAUUCCUAGGACUGAAGAUUCUGGAACGUUCCUCCCGCAUUUACCUGAAGACCGACUUCGGCCUCUCUGUGGAAUUCGAUGGCAACAGCAAAGCAGAAAUCAUCCUUCCCAACACCUAUAAGAAGACGGUUGGGGGGCUGUGUGGAAACUUUGAUGGCAGGAAGAGAAACGACUUCAUGAAACCUGAUGGCAGCCAAGCCAAGAACGUCAAGGACUUUGGAGACAGCUGGAGGCUGAUUUCAGACUCACGGAGGAGGAGAUAGAAAGUCUGUGCCUGUUGUGCAGGAAUGUGGAGAACAAGAUACAACAUAAACACAUUCUGAUUCGUUUGUGGGAAAUCUUUAGCCAGGGAAACCUAAGUACCUUACACAGUCUUUUAGCAGAUGCUUAUGUCUCUAGUGCCUUCAAUUCAUAUACCGAGCCCAAGGAUAGAUACACAGUGCCACACCCAGGACUGAUUCAAACUUCACACUGGGCAGUUACAAGUUUACUCCCCGAACAACAACACCAGCAGGCCUCCCUAGCAAGUCUUAAAGAGUGGCUGGCUUCACUGUCUGGCUGUGGGGGAGUGGCUACUGCAUAGUCCUGAAUAAAAAUGGAAAUCAUGCACUUGAGUGUGUCAAGGUCAGAAGUCCACACAGAUUCAUGCUGACAUGCUUCAAAAAAACAGACCAAAACAUAUAGCUGAAGACAUCCCAUGAAUUUCCACUCUGGUGAAGCCACCUGCUGCAGAUUUAUGUUGAUAUUCCAAUAUACAAACAGAGUGUACUGAUUUUGAAUGAUCCAGUUGUUCCUCUCUCAUUACUCCAAAGAAAAAGUCAGCAUCCUCUUAAAAGGCACAUUAUUAUUAUCGUGUUCAAUGUUUAUAUCAGGCCCAAGUUAAAAUGUAUUCUGCAAAGGAAAUAAGGCGUGUGAGGUUGACAUUGAUAACUGUACUGGACAUUUGUUUUUUUGUUUUGUUUGUUUAUUUUUUGUUUUUUGUUUUUUUGUGCACAGUCAUAUAUAGAUUGUAUGUAUAUUUCCUUCUGGUAUAUUUCCUGCUAUAUUUAUAUAUAAGAAACACAUGCAUUUUGAAUUUUCGCAAAUACAAUUAAAUUGCUUUUUUGAUUA